AGGACAGCUAAGAGCAUGGAACACAGGAAUAUAUGACAGUCCAAGAAGAACUUAUGAUAUGACUCAAAAACAGGUGCGGGACAUCUGGGAGGAGCUUGGUGUUGGACACAAUGGAUACCUCAAUCAACAGGAACUUGCCACUGUGUGUCAGAAUAUAGGACUUGAAGAUCUUAACAAAGAGGAACUUGAAGACCUAUUCAACAAGCUAGAUAGAGAUGGAGAUGGCAGAGUAAGCUUUCAAGAGUUUCAAGUGGGCUUGUUUAGCCAUGCACCUAUUGCUUCUACACCACUAAAGAAUCAACGUCCAUGUGCACUUUACCAGCCAGAAGACAGCCAUAAAACACCAUCCUUGCUGUCGGGAUUUGGAGGCUUCCAUGUUUUCUCAAGCAUUGAUGAUGGGACUGGCUUUGGAAACCCGGAGCAGAUCAUGAUCAUUUGGGAAGAAGAGGGGAUUGAGGAUAGUAAAGAAGUAUUUUUGAACUUGGAUAUCAGCCCAGAGCAGCGAGUGAACCUUUUGGAGCUCACUGCCGCUUUAGAAAAUGAGUUGAUUGCAACAAAAAAUCGAAUUUAUUUGGCCGCGUUGGCAUCCUACAAGCAUGAGCUGCACCAUCAGCAUAACCAAGUUGAACAGAUUAGUAAAGAGCGAGAUAAAGCCAAACAAGACCUGGAGAGAGCAGAGAGGAGGAACUCACUGCUGGUUGAUGAGGUCGAUGACCACAAUUCUGUUAUGGAGAGUCUUAAUGAGAGCAAAAUC